CAACCAAACCUUAGAUCCGGAUUCACCAUCAAAAUGUAAACAACUCCUGUAUUUGUUGCAGAGAAUUUUCGCGUGAAUGGGAGCGUCCCGGUGAAGUUUUCGUGAUGAAGAGAGUCAUUCUCUUCAGGAAUGGGUCGGGAGUGGAUGGAAAGGUUCUCUUGGUAACACAUUCACUAGAAGAAGUGUUAGCAGGAGCAUCUCAGAAACUGGGAAUCAGAGCCACACACCUGUACACUCCACAAGGAGGACUUAUAGAUGACCUUAGGCUUAUCAGAGAUGAUGACAUCCUGUAUGUGUCUGAAGGCGAAGAUUUUGUACUUCCUCUGCAACCUUGCCCGGGUGUAAGACCUCCAGGUCAUGUGGGAACAACCCUCUCCCUGCAGUCAGUGGCUGGACCUUCUUUAACUUGUAGUGGUGUCUCUUCAACACAUGAUUGGGUCACCCUUAAUGUUGGAGGCAGAAUCUUCACCACCACAAGGGCUACACUUGUUACCAAAGAACCUAAUUCAAUGCUUGCAAAAAUGUUCAGUUGUGAAGACAAACAUCUGUUACCCAGCAACAGAGAUGCACAUGGAGCUUACCUCAUCGACAGAUCAUACACAUAUUUUGAACCAUUACUCAAUUUCCUGAGGAAUGGGACUUUAAUUCUUGAUCCAAGCAUAAACCCACAAG